AUGUCCCCCCGCUGGCUGCUCUGCCGCACCUUUGCGCUCCUUCUUCCACUCACAGUGACCGUCACUGUUUACCUUUAUCUGUACCCAGUCUUCAACGGAUGCGCCUUUCCUCUACCACAGUCUGCCUCACGGUCGACCGAGAAGCAUAUAUACCAGAAUCCACUGAUUAACACGCUCUUCCAACACCUCGGCGUUUCAACCUCAGACACAAACAGUCAACCCGCCAUCUUCAGACUAUUGGUCCUCGCAGACCCCCAAUUGGAAGGCGACUCGUCGCUCCCUUUCCCCGAGUAUGAAUUAUACCCCCGCAUACAGACGCACUGGCGCGCCGUCCAGGAAGCAAUCGGCAAUUCCUCGACUUCACCUCUGCUGAACGAGGACGUCCUCUCGAACAUCACAACCGGUCUCAAAACCCUCGCGAUCGAAGACAUCCCGCGCACCUUCAAAGCCGGCCUGAAACGCCUCGACCUCUUCGGCAACGACUACUACCUCGCGCACAUCUACCGCACGCUCUUUUGGUGGACCCGGCCGACGCACACAACCGUCCUUGGCGACUUGGUGGGGAGCCAGUGGAUCUCCGACGACGAAUUUGCCCGGCGCGGACACCGGUAUUGGAAUCGCGUGUUCCGCGGCGGAGAGCGCGUCGACGACAACCUUACUAGAACCGGUGCUGCGGGUUGGAACCAGAGCAAAGGCAGCAAUGCGCCGCCGGUGGAACCCCUGGGCGCGGAUCGGGCCUGGGCCAGGCGCGUGAUCAAUGUCGCGGGAAACCAUGACAUUGGAUAUGCGGGGGACAUCAGUGAGGCGCGGAUGGAACGGUUUGAGCGUGCGUUUGGCCGUGCGAAUUGGGAUGUGCGAUUCGAACACCCGCCCAUCUCGUCCUCGUCUGCGUCUGCUGGAGACCAGGUUGUCACCCCUACUCUGCACCUGAUUAACCUUAAUUCCCUCAUGUUCGAUACCCCCGUGCUUUCUGCGGAAGUCCAGAGCCAUACGUAUUCUUAUCUGAACGAGUUGAUCGCUGAUCGACUCGCGCCGGUCAAGGACCGGUCGGCUUUUACUUUGCUUCUGACACAUCUACCCAUGCACAAGCAAGAUGGCGUGUGCACGGACGGGCCAUAUUUCUCAUUCCGCGAUUCUGACGACAAGGAUGGCCCCGACGGUGUGCCCCGGUGGCUUGACGGUGGUCUCAAGGAGCAGAACCAUCUCAGUGAUACACUCAGCGCUAGCGGGGUUCUGCAAGGCAUCUUCGGGCUGAGCGGUAACAAGAAUGCGCUUGCUGGUGGCCAGGGCCGCAAUGGACUCAUUCUUACGGGACAUGACCACACGGGCUGCGAUACUAUUCAUUUCGUCAACCGCACCGAAACAAUCAGCGACGAUGGUUCGUCUCAAGCUUGGAAGUGGGAUGCGACGCGCUUCAGUGAGAGCCAGCAAACUGAUGACCCUUCUAUCCGGGAGGUGACCCUCCGCUCGAUGAUGGGAGAGUUUGGUGGUAAUGCUGGUCUCCUUUCGGCGUGGUUUGAUGAGGUCGUUGGCGAGUGGAGCUAUGAGAUCACUAUGUGUCCAGCUGGCGUGCAGCAUUUCUGGUGGGCAGUCCAUAUCCUCGUGCUAGUAACGCUGGGUGCGGCUCUGCUUUUGGUCUUGUCCGGUGGUGCUCAGGCGAAGACGACUAGACGUUUACGAAGGGUCUAUCGAAGGGUCUACGUAGAGCCAUUGGUGGUCAUAUCAGAGUUCAUAUAUCGGACAAAGAACAAACAACCCAGGACCAAGUCCCUCCCAUACAGCUUGCCUAAAACCUUUAGGCCAGCCCUCGAGGUAACGGAGGCAUUGCAAAGGAUGUGA